CGAUAUUCUGUUGCCUUUCCACCACACGGAGAGUUAGUUGGUCCCAUACACACCGAACACAACCGUAGCUCGUGACCUUCAUCCCGCAAAACGCGAGACACACACAGCAAACUCCACCGGUUAGCCCUGUUGGUUGACAAUACUGACGCCGGAGAAGUAUUUCUACUCGGGAGAGCUGAGAAGAAAGUUGGCAGUGUUUUUCAUUCAGCAAGUUUCCCUGCCAUAGACCGGUUGCUUUCUCAAAAGUGGUGUAGGAAGAUUCUCGUUUGCGAAUCACGGCUACUGCUUAGUGAAAACAAGGACUCAUCGGAGGACUACACACAGUAAUAAAAGUUGUUUGGGUUAAAUAUGUCUCGGCAGAAGAUUCUCAUCUUUUUGGGCUCCACCAGAGUGGGUCGAAUGGGGGAACGUGUAGCAAAAUUUGUGCAAGCGACGGUGGAAGAGAAUGGGAUGGAACCCAUCCUGUUUGAUCCGUGUGAAUUGCCGUUCGAAGUAUUGAGACAGCCAUUGCACUUCAUGCCGAACCCGGAGGACGCUCCUGCCUGGCUGAAAGAGGCGGAUGAGAAAAUCAAGUCUGCCGAUGGGUUCAUUAUUGUAUCUGCGGAAUACAAUUGCGGAAUACCCCCGGCUCUGACAAAUAUGAUGAACCACUUUUCUCCUGCAUCAUACCGGCACAGACCUUGUGGAAUUGUCACGUAUUCCAUGGGCAUCUACGGUGGUGUACGAGCCGGGGCCUUCAUUCGCCCCUUUGCCAGUGAGCUUGGGAUUGUGACCAUUCCAAGCUAUGUUGGGAUCCCAACUGUAGGCGAACAUUUUGAUGCGGACGGUACGUCCAAAACGGAAAGAAUUGCAAAUAACGUCAACAAACUUGUGAAUGAAGUUGGGUGGUAUGCCAAAGCUCUCGGAACUUACAAGACGGCAAAUCCUCCACCGUCAUAAAAUAUUUGUAACGCAAAGGAAUACAUAAACUAGAUUAGAAUCUAGUAAAAUGAUUUGCGAUCACAAGCAGUAUUAUUGAAAGUGGAUUUAGCGUGAGCAUUUUUUUUUGGCCUGCAAAAUUUAUAGUUAAUCCAUGUAUCCAUGCUUAGUGAAAAAUUGGGCACUUGCUUCAAAUGAUAUUAUUGAAUAAAUUGAAUAAAGAACUAUCAGAAAUUAG